GUGUGGAUAGACUCUCCCGUAGGAGCCAUGAGUUAUCAAAUGCCUUCGAAUCAAUCCAGACCAAGUGAGUCACCUUUGUAUACAAUGUAUGAUAUAACGUGAUACAGUAUGUGAAAUAUUUCCAUUAUCUUAUGCAAUUACUUUUGUAGUGUCUCACGGGAAUUAUCAGGGUUUGGGUGAUCUACCCAUGGGCUCUGCCAAAGAACAAACUUUGAUGUGGCAACAGAAUUCUUAUAUGGGUGAUUCAGGAAUACAUUCUGGUGCUGUCACCCAGGCACCGUCUCUGUCAGGCAAAGAAGACGACGAGAUGGAGGGUGAUCAGCUAAUGUUUGAUUUGGAUCAAGGAUUUGCUCAGGGAUUCACUCAAGAUCAGGUCGAUGAAAUGAAUCAACAAUUAAAUCACACAAGAUCCCAACGUGUUCGUGCAGCUAUGUUCCCUGAAACAUUAGAGGAGGGUAUAGAAAUUCCUUCGACGCAAUAUGAUCCAGCUCAACCUACAGCUGUUCAAAGAUUGGCAGAACCGAGUCAAAUGUUGAAGCAUGCGGUUGUCAAUUUGAUAAACUAUCAGGAUGAUGCAGAUCUUGCAACACGUGCAAUACCAGAAUUAAUAAAAUUAUUAAAUGACGAGGACCAAGUUGUGGUGUCUAAGGCGGCAAUGGUAGUUCAUCAACUUUCUAAGAAGGAAGCGUCUCGUCAUGCUAUCAUGAACAGUUCACAAAUGGUUGCCGCUUUAGUUCGUGCCAUUUCAAACAGUGACGAUCUCGAAUCGACAAAGGCUGCAGUUGGUACAUUGCAUAAUUUAUCUCAUCAUAGACAGGGUCUGCUGGCUAUUUUCAAAAGUGGUGGUAUACCCGCUCUUGUGAAACUCUUGAGUUCACCGAUGGAAUCGGUAUUGUUUUACGCUAUCACGACUCUUCAUAAUUUACUUUUACAUCAGGAUGGUUCUAAAAUGGCAGUACGACUUGCUGGAGGACUGCAGAAAAUGGUUGCUCUGCUGCAGCGGGAUAACGUCAAAUUUCUAGCUAUAGUAACCGACUGUUUGCAAAUUCUUGCAUAUGGUAAUCAGGAGAGCAAAUUAAUCAUAUUAGCUUCUCAAGGGCCAAUAGAAUUGGUACGCAUAAUGCGUUCAUACGAUUACGAGAAGCUCCUGUGGACGACUUCGAGAGCCUUGAAAGUAUUGUCGGUUUGUCUUAGUAAUAAACCAGUGAUAGUCGAGGCUGGUGGUAUGCAAGCACUUGCUAUGCAUCUCGGUAAUCCAAGCCAGAGACUCGUCCAGAAUUGUCUGUGGACGUUACGAAAUUUAUCGGAUGCUGGAACCAAAGUCGACGGAUUGGAAGGUUUAUUACAGAGUCUUGUACAAGUUCUUAGCUCUACCGACGUAAAUGUCGUCACAUGUGCUGCUGGUAUCUUGUCGAAUUUGACUUGCAAUAAUCAACGUAACAAAGUAACAGUAUGUCAAGUAGGCGGUGUGGAUGCUCUUGUACGUACGAUCAUUUAUGCGGACAGUCGGGAAGAGAUCAGCGAGCCGGCAGUAUGUGCGCUUCGUCACUUAACGUCGCGUCACGUAGAAGCUGAAAUGGCACAGAAUUCAGUUCGCCUAAAUUAUGGAAUACAAGUCAUAGUGAAACUAUUACACCCGCCUUCGCGUUGGCCAUUGGUUAAGGCAGUAAUAGGAUUAAUUCGCAACUUGGCGCUUUGUCCAGCAAAUCAUGGCCCGCUUCGCGAUCACGGCGCAAUUCAUCAUCUGGUCAGGCUUCUGAUGCGUGCUUUCCCUGAGACACAACGGCAGCAACGUUCAUCCGUGGCAAGCACUGGAAGUCAGCAGACAUCAGGAGCAUAUGCGGAUGGUGGUGUCCGAAUGGAGGAGAUAGUGGAAGGUACCGUAGGAGCGCUCCAUAUCCUGGCAAGAGAAUCACAUAAUAGAGUUAUUAUCAGAUCUCAGAACGUAAUUCCGAUCUUCGUGCAGUUGCUGUUUAAUGAGAUUGAGAACAUUCAACGCGUCGCAGCUGGUGUACUUUGCGAACUCGCCGCGGAUAAAGAAGGUGCUGAAAUGAUCGAACAGGAAGGUGCUACUGCUCCUUUGACGGAGUUGCUUCAUUCUAGGAAUGAAGGUGUCGCGACCUAUGCGGCAGCCGUUUUGUUCCGCAUGAGCGAAGAUAAACCACAGGAGUACAAGAAACGACUCUCCAUGGAACUCACCAACUCUCUGUUACGCGAGGAUACAAACCUUUGGAAUAACGCUGACUUUGGGAUGGGUCCAGAUUUACAGGUUAUGACCAGAUACCAGUAGAUUCGAUGCAAGGGUUGGAAAUAGGUGGAGGGUCGACAUAUGGCGCGAUGGACACUAUGGACGUGGCGCACGAGGGUGACCUGAGUUUCGAUCAUUUAGGAGAGCUUCCUGCACCGCCGCAAGAUAAUAAUCAGGUUGCAGCUUGGUACGACACCGAUCUCUGA